CGAGCUGGAGAAGCUGUUUGAGCUCCAGACUCCAGGAGAUGCAGUGCAGACGGGAUCUGUGUCUCUCCUCGGGCAGGUGUGGAGAUGAUUCCUGUGAAUGAGUUCCGGAGCAUCACGAGCGAGCAGAACCCACAGUUCCGGGUCCUGAAGCCCUGGUGGGACGUUCUGUCCGAGUAUCUGGGCAUCGCGAUGCUGAUGAUGGGGGUGUUCGGCUGCACGCUUCAGCUGACACAAGACAAGAUAUCUUGCCUGCCGAACCGAUUCACGGAUCUGUCCGGCGGAGACCGAGACUGCAGUCACCUGCGGCAGGAGAACGAGAGUCUGUGGGAGUUCGCCAUCACCAAACGUCUCGGUCCGAACGUCGUGGAGGUGUUCGGCCGGAAGAACGGCCUGGAUAUCCACCAGUACGAGUUCGUCAACCACUUCUGCUACGAACGGGCCGUGCACUGGUACGGAAAGUACUUCCCCUACCUAGUGGUGAUCCACAGCAUGAUCUUCAUGGUGGCCAGCAGCUUCUGGUUCAAGUUCCCAGGGACGUCGUCUAAGAUCGAGCUGUUCGUGAUCAUUCUGGGGAAGUGCUUCGACUCUCCCUGGACCACGAGAGCCAUCAGCAAAGUCUACGAAGAGCGGCGAGAGGAGAGAAUGGUCGUGUGGAGAAAGAACACAAUGACCAAAUCAGCCGCAGACAACAACGACGACAUAGUGUCUCUGAUCCGAUCUUCCAUAAAGUCCGGCUCGGACCAGAAACCGUCAGAAGCGACCGCGUCGCUCCUGGAUAAGAAAGAAGGCGAGCAGGCCAAGGCCCUGUUUGAGAAAGUCAGGAAGUUUCGGACGCACGUGGAGGAGGCGGAUCUGCUUUACUUCAUGUACGUGCUGCAGACGGCGCUGAAGGUCUUCAAAUUCGCUCUCAUCACCGUUUACAGCGUCGCGCUGGUCCCCAACAUCCAGAUCAUGGUGAUGUGCUCGGUGCCUCCGGAUCUGACGGGGUUCAGUGCGUUCUGCUGUAACUACAAUAAAGCGCACAAAUUAGCCUAAUUAGCCUACUGCUACAUAUGCUUCGUCGGGGUCUACGGACUGCUGUGCAUUUAUUCGCUGUUUCACCGGUUUCACCGACCGCUGAAAGAGUAUUCCUUUGAGGCGGUUCGCAUGGAGACGGGAAUAAACGACAUCCCGGAUGUUAAAAAUGACUUUGCGUUUCUCCUGCACCUCAGCGACCAGUACGACGCCCUGUACUCCAAACGCUUCGCCGUGUUUCUCUCGGAGGUCAGCGAAUGCCGCUUACGGCAGCUCAACCUCAACCACGAGUGGACGGCUGAUAAACUCCGCGCUCGUCUGACACGCAACGCCGCCGAGAGGCUGGAGCUGCCCCUGUUCCUGCUUCCAGGAUUGCCAGACACCGUGUUCGAGAUUUCGGAGGUCGAGUCGCUCAAACUGGAACUGAUCAGUAACGUGACGGUCCCCGGAACCGUAUCGCAGCUUACCGCCUUACAGGAGAUCGUGCUGAUCCACAGUCCGGCCAAGCUCCAGCUGGCGGCCCUCAGUCACCUGCGUGAGAAUCUGAAGGUUCUGCGCUUGGGCUUCGAGGGUCCGGAGCAGGUGCCGCUGUGGAUGUACACCUUACAGAGUCUAGAGGAGCUUCACCUGAGCGGCGCUCUGAGCGCUGAGCUCUCCCGCAGUCCGGCGCUGGACUCUUUACGAGACCUGAAGAACCUGCGAGUGCUGACCUUACGCUGCAAGCUGACCAAGAUACCGCCCAGUAUCGUGGAUGUGUCCAGUCAGCUCCAGAGACUCUGCGUUCACAACGAGGGGACCAGGCUCCAGGUCUACAACAGCCUGAAGAAGCUGGUGAACCUGAGCGCUCUGGAGCUGACGGGCUGCGGUCUGGAGCGGAUCCCCAGCGCCGUCUUCAGCCUGUCCCUCCUGCAGGAGCUGGACCUUCGAGAGAACCGGCUUAGCACCGUGGAAGAGAUCUUGAGUCUGCAGCACUGUCGCCGUCUGACCGUCCUCAGACUCCGGCACAACGACAUCUCCUGCGUCGCGGAGCACAUCAGCAAGCUCCGCGCGCUGGAGACACUGGACCUCAGCUGGAACAAGAUCCGCAGUCUUCCACCGCGCCUCUGCUACUGCACCAAACUCCGACACCUGGACCUUUCCCACAACCAGCUGGCGUCUCUGCCCUCGGAGAUCGGCGUGCUUCAGUGUCUGCAGUUCCUCUCGGUGGCCUUUAACUCGCUGGAGAGUCUCCCCGAGGAGCUGUUCUCCUGUAAGAGGCUGCAGGUGCUGGCGCUGGGGAAUAACAGCAUCUCCUCACUGUCUCCGCGGGUCGGGAAUCUGGCUCAGCUGGUUCGGCUGGAGCUGAAGGGAAACCGGCUGGAGUCUCUGCCUGCGGAGCUCGCCGACUGUCUCUCGCUCAGACUGGCCGCUGUGAUCGUGGAGGACGGUCUGACGGACCUUCUGCCUCCAGACGUGAAGGACAGAAUGAAGCGCAGAUAAUCACAGCACUGGAGCGCUGCCAUUCACACAUUUAUUUUUUUGUCUAAAUAGAGUGUGCUUUGAUUUACGUGAUGACAUGAGCUAUGUUUGCAUCACCGUUUUAAUGCGCACUUUGAAGUAUCGCAUCAUAAACAAGUGAUGGAAAUUCUAAUAAA